AAGAUACCACCGCUUUUGUUCGGUUCUCCACUAACGCUCUUCUCCCUGUUCACUCGACCUACUUCGAUUGGACUCCUCCUUUCCCUUGCGCGUUCAUCUUCCUCUUUCAUUUGUUCGAGAAUUAAGCGCGUCGUGCCCGAAGGACCCAACGGCUAGGCCUUCUGCGCGGAUUGCGGGCGAUGGUGGUGCGGCGGGUUGGGAAGUACGAGGUGGGCCGGACGAUUGGCGAGGGCAACUUCGCGAAGGUCAAGUUCGCGCAGAACACCGAGACCGGUGAGAGCGUCGCCAUGAAGGUGCUCGAUCGCGCCACCAUCAUCAAGCACAACAUGGUGGAUCAGAUUAAGAGGGAAAUUUCCAUUAUGAAGCUGGUUAGACAUCCCCAUGUUGUUCGCCUUCACGAGGUGCUGGCAAGCCGGACCAAGAUAUAUAUAAUCCUCGAAUAUAUUACGGGUGGCGAAUUGUUUGACAAGAUUAUUCGUCACGGGAAACUUAGCGAAGCUGAGUCACGGAGGUAUUUCCAGCAGCUCAUUGAUGGGGUGGGCUACUGCCAUAAUAAAGGGGUUUACCAUCGAGAUCUAAAGCCUGAAAACCUACUCCUAGAUUCACAAGGAAAUCUCAAAAUUUCAGAUUUUGGUCUCAGUGCCUUGCCUGCACAGGGAGAUAGUCUUCUCCGUACCACUUGUGGAACUCCUAACUAUGUGGCACCAGAGGUACUUGGUCACAAGGGCUAUAAUGGUGCUGUUGCUGAUACAUGGUCAUGUGGAGUCAUUCUUUAUGUUUUAUUGACAGGAUAUCUUCCUUUUGACGAAGUUGAUUUGGGUACUCUAUAUAGCAAGAUUGAUAAGGCAGAAUUUUCCUUCCCGUCAUGGUUUUCAGACGGUUCAAGAUCCCUUAUCCGUAGAAUUCUUGAUCCUAACCCUGAGACUCGUAUGCGAAUGGAAGAUAUCAGAAAUGACGAAUGGUUCAAGAAGAAUUAUGUGCCUGUUAGUCCAUUGGAAGUGGAAGAGGUUAACCUUGAUGAUAUAUAUGCUGUUUUCGAUGAAUCUGAGGUGAAUGAGCAAUCUAGGAACGAGGAGUUGGGCCCUCUAAAUCUCAAUGCAUUUGAUCUGAUAAUUCUCUCAGAGGGGUUGAAUCUAGCAGCAUUAUUUGAUCGAAGGCAGGAUUAUGCAAGGCAUAUAACACGAUUCCUAUCUCGCAAAUCAGCUAAAGUUGUAUUGUCAAGUAUGGAGGUUGUUGCACAAUCAAUGGGCUUCAAAACUCACAUCCGUAAUUACAAGAUGAGGGUGGAGGGCCUUACAGAAAAUAGAACUGCUCAUCUCUCAGUUGUGAUAGAAAUAUUUGAAAUUGCUCCAUCUUUUUUGAUGGUGAACAUUCAAAGAGCAUCUGGAGACGUGACAGAUUAUCUAAAGUUCACUAAAAACUUCCAUAGCAAACUGGAUGAAAUUAUCUGGAAGCCCGCUACUGAGAGGAACAAAACACGGUUCACCAGAAAGUCCAAACGCUGAAUCUUGUUUGCUAAGAUGGUCACAGACGAGGGAGACUUUUCUUGUUUGUAGCGAGUUUAUUCAACUACCAGGUACCUGCCAUCAGAGUAGCUAAAGAAUUCAGGCAUCAACAAUCGUUGCACCAAACUUGUUUGGCUUUGUUUCUCUACUAGUGUUGCCCACUUUGCUGGAUGCUUUUGUCAACAUGGAUGUAAUGUAUUCGAGAAUAGCAACUCUCGCCGUGCUGAGAUUUUUUUUUUGUGUGUGUUAUUGAUUGGGGCUAAUUGAGUCCUCUGUAGUCAGACAAUCGAUUGAGCAUGAUAUACCAUAUUGAUCGUGUUCAAUCACCACUGCUGUUGUCUAAGGUAUUGUAAGUUUGUAACCGCAGUUAUGCUUUUGGCCAUGCAAUGUUGCUGGUGCUUAAACAGCAAAGAGCUUGUACGUUCUUUGAUGCAAAUCUCCACUUGUUGUGCUUUUAUGUCUA